UGCACGUACAUACAUCAAUGCUGCAGCUGAUUAUCGGUAAUUGCGUGUGAGUGUGUGUGUGUGUUUGUCAAACUCAAUUCAUUUUCGUCUCGAUAAUUUCUUCAUAGUACCAUUGUUUUCUUAUGGUUGCUCGAAUUCUAAAGUAAAGAUCAAAUAGCUAUAGAUCCAUCUAAUAAUUCAAAUGGGCGUUGCUGAUCAUCCAUACAUGAAUUGAUGUUCGAAACUCUUCUUAAUUUUCAUCGAUCAAUGCAUCUGUGGCCAAAAAAGAGGACAAUAUAGCUCCUCCAUUCUCUCAUUUUAUUCAUUACGAUUAUUGAGAGACUGGCUACUGUUUAAAUUUCUCCCCCUUCAAAAAAAACGCUUUCACAAAAGAAGAAUUUUAUAGAUAUUCAAACGAUUGAUGAGACAUCAAUCACUGGUUAAGCGAGAGUAAAAUGAGCCUUUCAUCAACGCCAAAUGUUCGAUUGAAUUCGGGAUCACGUUCUUCGAGCCAAAACAAUAAUCGCCUAUCAUUGGGUUCAUGGUUCAAUCAGAAUGAUGGAUAUGAUUUUCUCAAAGUUGAACAUCGAAUUCAUCGAUCCAAUUCAUUGAAACAAAAAGAUAAUGUCGGCCAAAAUGCAAAUCAAAUAUCAAAAUCAAAAAAUUUUAUCGAACCCGAUUCGAUAUCCGAAAUGGGGUUUCCGGCCAUCACUAAACGUUUAUCAAACCAUGUUGUUUCAAGAUUUCGACGAAAACAACGCGCCAAUAGUGUCAGUAUAAAUCCGGCUGAUUUACGUGACGAUAUACUCACAUUUGAUGGUGUAUUAUUCUAUCUUUCCAUGUCGAAUGGUCUGGCCGGAUCGUUGACUGCUAAUUCGAAAAAAAUAUCAUUCACAUCUGGUCUAGCCGAAUUGACACGAAACAGUAGUAAUCAUCAAAUGCGUAAGCAUAAUUUUCUCAAGCAACCGGUACCGGUGAAUCCGAUCGACACGGAAAAUCAACACAUCGAAAUGGAGUCAUAUGAAAUCGAUUUGUCCAACAUUGCCGAAGUUUCGUUGGAAAUGCCCGCAAAUCAGGCCGAACGAAGCAUCAUCUACAUACAUUGUCGAAAUUUCAAACAUGCCAAAAUUGGCCUCAAACAAUCGUCAGCCGAAUCGCUUUACAAUAAAUUGAUUGUCGAUCAUCAAAGAAUGAACAAUCAACAACAUUCUUUAUUAUCAUCCGAUACAUCUUCAUCCUCAUCAACAUUGAUCAUAGCAGAUUGUCGGCCUUUGCUUUGUGAAUAUCUUCACGAUAAUUAUCAUUACCGUGUUCGCUCUGAUUGGGUCAAAUAUGAAAAAUGGUACGUUAACAAUUUCAAAAUUCAAUUCUCCCAAUUCAACGAAUUGGAUUGUGCCUGUCCAUCGUUACCUGAAAUUGUAAUUGUUCCGAGAAAAGUUGGCGACAAAGAAUUGGAAUCGAUAGCAAACAUGAGCGAUGGACAACGUGUACCAAUCAUAACUUAUUUGCAUCGUAACAAUGGAAAUAUGAUUAUUCGAAGUACAACCUAUAAUUCAAAUCGUUUACCACUACGAGAUUUAUACCAUGAACGAAUUUUUGAUGAUAAACGAAAUUCGCUUUUUGAGUUGAACGUUAUGGCUAAUGUACCGUCAUUGGAAGAUGUUGAACGUGCACAUACCAAACUAAGGAAGGCCUGUUUCAAGACAAUUAAAAUCAACCAACAACAGCAACGAAAACAAUACAAUGAACAACUUGAGCUUCACUAUAAUAUCGAUUAUUGUAAACAUUUCUGGAAUAAAUGUUCAUCGUGGCUACAUAUGAUGGCCAAACUGUUGAAAUUAAGUUCAAGAUUGGCUGAAAUUGUUUACAAACGAGAAUCGAUUGGUUUGGUCGAAAAAUUCGAUUCCAAUUGGAAUUGUCUUCUUUCUAGUCUUGUGCAAAUAUUUCUAGAUCCAGAAAGACGUACGAUUAAAGGUUUUCAACAAUUAUUGAGCAAAGAAUGGCUUUAUUUAUCCGGCUAUAAACGUAUGGACCGUAGAUUUGGCCAUGAAGAUAUUAAAUAUAGGCCAAUGAAUUGUCCGAAUCAUAUUCUUUUCUUGCUAUUUUUGGACACUGUUCAUCAAUUACUGCAACAAAAUAGCCAAUCAUUUGAAUUUUCUUCUUUUUAUCUGAUACUUCUGUUGGAUUAUCAGGUUAAUUCCGAUCUACCCACCAAGGAAAAAUAUCUUGAAUUCGAAACGAAUCAAUCUCAUCCGCUAAUGAUGAAUCCAUUGUUUACGACGACGGCGACUAGUUCAAAGCCAUUACGUAUCAAAACACAUGUUACACAUAUGCGAUUCUUUACUAAACUAUAUUUUCGUAGUCUUGGCUCACAGAUUCCGUCACGAUUUACAGCCGAAGAAUUUCUUUAUUUAACCGAAUUGGAUUCAAGAAAUUUAAUCUAGUGACCAUUUUUUUGCUUGUUUAUUUGAUUGGCGUUCAAAAGAAAAAAUUGUUUAUUUAUUCAUUCAAGUCCAAAAUAUACUAUUUUUAUAUCAUUUA